AUGGCUACAGAUCUGUACGGUUUAUCAGCCGGGUCAAUCGUUCUGGUCACUGGCGCAAAUGGUUACAUUGCGUCGCAUGUAAUCAAUAUAUUGUUGCAACGGGGAUAUCGUGUUCGCGGGACUGUACGCCAACCUCGCCCAUGGGUGGACGAAUUUUUUCAAAACAGGUAUGGCAAUCGGUUUGAAUUGGUCAUUCCAGACUUUGGCCAGCAUGAUGCCAUCGCUCGUCUGAUGGCGGACGUUGCUGGAGUGGCUCUAAUUGCAACUGAUAAUUCGUUCCUUGAUGAUCAUGAAAUCAUUACUCGGGCCGUCAAGUCUACUUUGACAUGGUUGGAGGCAGCGUCGAAGCAAUCCACCGUGAAGCGAGUUGUUCUAACAAGUUCUGCUACCGCCUGCAUACUACCACAAGCCAACAAAUACGCUAAAAUCCACAAAGGAACAUAUAACGAGACUUCAUUGAACGCUGUGGAAUUGAAUACACCCGAGUCGUGCUUACCCGGCCUUUCCGUCUACGCUGCGUCUAAAACAGAAAGUGAGCGACAGGCUUGGUUGUGGGUCGAGGAAAAUAGGCCAAGCUUUGCUUUCAAUUCCGUUGUACCCGACUAUAACUUCGGCUCUUAUCUCUGCCCCCAGAUAGUUGGACCAAGUAUGGCAGCAAUAUGCAGGAUUUUGCAAGGCUAUGGGGAUAUUAUGAGGCUUUACCCUCCUGUGUGGUAUGUUGAUGUUGAAGAUACUGCUCGCCUUCAUGUUGCAGCACUCCUAGACACCUCUCUCGCCUCUGAGAGAAUCUUUGCAACUGCGGAACCAUUUACUUGGCAUCAAGUCGUCGAAAUACUACGGGACUUAUGUCCGGAUAAUCUGCGUAUCCCGGACCCUCCAUCAGAAAAGAUGUAUUGUUUAGUUGAUUUCACAGAAUCAAAAAAGGCGGAGAAGAUUUUAAGUGACUUCUUUGGUCGGUCAGGUUGGACUUCUCUCCGAAAGUCAAUUACCAAUGGCAUUGCCAAUUCCUUUUGA